AUGAGCAGCGAAAAAAAGACCUCGCCAAAGCACCGUCACACGGAGGCGGACUUUGGCAAGCUCCCGAGCCCGUCGUCGCCGCGUGAGGGCAGCCCGCCGAGGAACCUCCCGCCCAUGCUUGCGAUGCCCAAGCCCAAGCCUUGCUUCAACUCGCCGGCAUUCCCGCAGGUGCAAACGCGGCCCCAGUCGCCGACGGGCUCGCCCUCCAAGAAGCUGCCGCCGCCGCCCGAGAAGUACCACGCACUCCAUGGCGGCCCCAUUGACCCAAACAGCCGCGUCUUUGCGCCAGGAAAAGGCGAGUCCAAGACGACGCACCUGCCCAAGCCCGAAAAGUUAAAGGCCAAAGCCACCAGCUCGUUUUGCGACGCCAAGCAGACCGAGCCGGCGCCGCAUCGGGUCAAGAGUGUGCAGAGCCUCGCGACCGAGAUCCGGCGGCUUCGCUCGCGCACGCACAACACGGAAGCCGACGACGACGACGAGAGCGAUGCCAAGCACGCGAAACCGGCGGCACCUCGUUGCGAGUCGCCACCCAAGCGGUCGGUCGGCGCGUGUCGGCCCAACUUCAAUUUACAGCUGGACGUGUCCCCCAAGCAGCGGGUGCUGCAGUUGGACAUCGCCGACUCGGUCCGCGGACACGCUGACGACGUCAAGGCGGCGAAAUCCAAGAAGCGCGACGCGUUCGGCCUCAACUUGGAGCUCGAGUUGGAGCUCGACGAGCCGAGUCUGGAGAAGUCUUACGACCUCUCGGCGUCGGGGACGUUUGACGUGGUGGAUUUCCAGAUCAAGCAGACAGGGAUCGCGCACCACUUGUCGCCGACGCCCAGCAGCGGUCCGUCGUCGCCUCGCAGCAACAUGAAGAAGCAGCUCAUCAAACUCGGCGUGCUCGGCAAAGGCGCGAGCGGCGUCGUCCACAAGGCGCUGCACGUUCCAUCGCUCUUGCUCGUCGCGGUCAAAGUCAUUCCAGUCUUUGAGAAUGAAAAGCGCCAUCAGCUCAUCGCAGAAGUCAAGACGCUCUACAACAACAUGUCGUCGCUCACCGACGAGCGCAAGGUCGCGUGCCCCGAGAUCGUGUGCCUCUACGACGCCUUUAUGAACCCAAACGAAGGCAACGUGUCGAUCGUCGUCGAGUACAUGGACGGCGGGAGUCUCCAGGACAUUGUCGACACGGGCGGUUGCACGUCCGAGAGCGUCCUUGCCAACAUAGCGUUUCGCGUCUUGAAAGGCCUCCGCUUCCUCCACGAGCACCACCAACUGCAUCGCGACAUCAAGCCCAGCAACCUCCUCAUCAACCACUUUGGCGACGUCAAGGUGUCGGACUUUGGCAUUGCCAAAGAAAUGGAAAACUCGGUGGCGAAAGCCACAACAUUUGUGGGCACGCUGACGUACAUGUCCCCCGAGCGCAUUGCGAGCGAAGCGUACUCGUACAAGUCGGACGUGUGGUCCUUUGGGCUCUCCAUCAUGACGUGUGCGCUCGGACACUACCCGUAUGCGACCAAAGGCGGGUACUGGGAGCUCCUCCACAGCAUCCGUAACGAGCCGCCGCCCAAGCUGCCCAGUAGCAGCGGCUUCUCGGGGGACUUUCGUGAUUUUCUGGACAAGUGCUUGGCCAAGGACCAGAACGACCGGUGGAGUGUGAAGCAGUUGCUCGAACACAGUUUUUUGCGCGAGUGUCGGUGCGAGUUUGGCGCGGCCAGCCCGUUCACCGCGCGCGGCAAAGACGACGACGAAGACGACGCGGACAGCAGCCUCGAGCUCGACGUGAUCGUGCCCAAGCUCAUGGACCACUACUUCAAGGCGGCGCGGGAGCUGGUUCUCGACCAAGCCUACUCGUACGACGACAUUAUCGCGUGGCUCAAGCUCCUCCCGGCCAUGCAAAACAGCAAACUCAACCGAUUCGCUGACCAAGUCGGUUGCCCGCGCCGCGGCGUCUACAAGAAGCUCGAGCACGCGAUGAACCUUCUCCUCGAGCGGAUCAAGGACGCGCUCUUUGACGACGAGUAAAUUGUCGAUAACUAUCAACCCGCUG